AUGGCUUCUCUCAAGUCCCCUCCUCCUCCCGUUCCCGACACGGACAUCACCUUCCCCCGUCCCCACAUUCUCCAGAUCACCCUCAACCGGCCCCGCCAUCUCAACUCCAUCCCCUCACCGCAGCACUACGCCCUCUCCAAGCUCUACGAGUGGUACGACGCCGAGCCGUCCCUCCGAUGCGCCGUCCUCACCGGUACUGGCCGUGCCUUCUGCGCCGGCGCCGACCUGAAGGAAUGGAACGUCCGCAACACUUCUGGUAAAUCGCCCACCCCGUCGUCCGUCAGCACCGGCUCGGGCGGCGCCCUCGCAGCAACAGCCACGGCCUCCCCGGCUCCCGUCGUCACGUCUUCGCACCCCGAUGCCAAGCCUGGUGAAAAGCGGCCGUCGUCCGCUGGGUUCGGCGGCCUGAGCAAUAGAGGUGGCAAGAAGCCUGUCAUCGCGGCCGUCAACGGGCUGUGUCUCGGCGGAGGGAUGGAGAUGAUCAUCAACGCGGAUCUGGUGUAUGCCUCCAACAAAGCCAAGUUCGGGCUCCCGGAGGUCACGAUUGGCGUAGUAGCUAUCGCGGGCGCGCUGCCUAGGCUUAUCAAGGCCGUGGGUAGGCAACGUGCGACGGAGAUGGCAUUGAUUGGCAGGUCAGACUAUACGCCUGAGCAGAUGCUCUCGUGGGGCUUGGUGAACCAAGUUGUGGAGCCGGACAGGUUGUUGGACACGGCGUUGGCUGCUGCCGAGGCCAUCGCCAAUAACUCCCCGGACUCGGUGAUUGUGUCCCGGGAGGGAUUGAAGAGCGGAUGGGAGGCGAUGGGGCCCGAGGAUGCUACGGGACUGGUCGAUCGAACCAUCUAUCGGAAGAUGGAGGCUGCAGAAAAUAUGACGGAGGGAGUCAAGAGCUUCGUUGAGAAAAGGAAGCCAGUGUGGGUUGACAGCAAGUUGUGA